GAGUCCUCGUAGACGGACCGGAGAGUGUCCGCGCCGGACGACGGAUGCGAAAUGUGGCCCGUUCUGCUGAUUCCGUGGUAGCACUUACGACUGCGGAGACAACAACUGCAGACGCCAGAUGCCUGCAUUUGUUCCUCAAAGACCCGACUUCACCGCUACUCCCCACCCUUCUUUACUAGGCCUUCUCGUUUUCUUCCGGGGCCCUGCAGCCCUCCGCCUCCCCCGAUUGUUCACGCUCUGCAACAGACUGGACAUCCUAGCAUCGCCUCAGCAUUCGAUGAGGGUAUAUCGACUAAAGAGAAGGUAUACUCGCAGACACUCUCGCACAAUUCGCAUUAAACUCCAGGUCGCAGAGGCCUCAAGUCUGGGCUCGUAUCAGUCGCCAUCCGCUUUAGGGACGUCGAUCGGGUCUGGCAAUUUUAUCUCGCCCAUGCCACCUUUAGGGUGACUAUCGUCUAGCACUGUAUGAUCCAUGAUAGUGGGGUACAUGGGUUCCGACGCAAAUUGCCACUUACCAGACCAGUGAAGGUCUUCAACCGCAACAUAGUGGUCAAUGCUAAGAGACCACCAGCACAAGAUCAGCCCUCGGUAUCGUGGACCUCUAGA